CUUGAUAUUUUCAAGAGCAGAAUAUAUUUCAGUAGUCUUACAAUGCCAGUAUUUUGUGUAUUGGCUAUUCUGCAUUCUGCAGCUAUUGCCAGAAACCUAAUUGCCUAUUUGGAAGGAAGGAUCAAGAGAUGUCAUUUUAUGAAGGGUUUCAGCGAGGGUGAUUUGGACCUGCUGGUGGAAAAUGAUCAGUCCUAUUGUCAUCGGCUGCAGCAYGACAUGUAUUUCCUUACAAGCACUAGCCGAUUGAAUGAGCAAGUGGUUGAUAAAAUCGUUCUUCAACUCAACAGAGUCUAUCCCCAAAUUCUUACCAAUGAAGAAGCAGAAAAGUUCAGGAAUCCAAGAGCAUCACUCCAUACCAGACUCUCAGAUCUGUUAAAGCACCUCCAAAAGAAAGGAGACAGACAUUGUCAGGAGUUUUACAGAGCUCUGCAGAUCAAUGCUGAGCAGCUAUUUAAUGAYCUGCCAAGCAGGAAAAUCUUGAAAACCCCAGAUCCCACAGAGAUAGACACUGACAAGAAGCAAUAUAUGCUAAAUGACAGGGGCCCAGUGUUUUUCCUUGCCUGUUUCAGCAUGGCUGCAGGACUGGCCCUGUUCUGGUAUUGCUGUAACUCAGAAACCCAAGUCAUAGCAAGAGCCAGAAGAAUCUUGGGCUUUUCUCCUAUUAUCAUAGGAAGACAUGUUAGAAAUAUUUGUAUGUUGUAUUUGGAAGACAUACCAAGAAAUUGAGGAAAAAGCGGUCUCUUCACUUGUCUGUACCGUACACCGGCCAAAGGAAGCCAACGAUGCAUAAAUGUAAUGUCCUAUACUCAUACCAAAGAUUUUAUUAACCAGCUUCAUCAAUAAUUGUCUUGCCUCCAGAUGUAUUCAGAAUUUCAGCUAUAAAUGUCCUUCCUUGUGGGAAUGGACUGUUUAUUUUUGUAAAUGCUUAUUUUAAAGUAUUUAUCAUUUGUAUAAAAGGUAUUUUUAAUACAAGCUUUAAAACGAUGUCCCAAGUGAACGUGGGUCUGAAGCCAUGUUUGCAUGUGUUUUCUGUAGUGAGUGAAGGAUCACAACUAUCUGAAGAAUGCUGGCCCUGUCUUUUGACAAUUAAUUUAAGCAAAGCACUGAAACUCAUGUU